GUCAUUUUUGGACGAACGUCAGUCACUUUUUUUAUCUUUUCGAUCCGAUCUGAUCUGGGGGAAGUAAUCGAGAGAAAAAGUCUUACGCGAACGGAUUUCCUAUUCAUUGCUUAGAAAAUAGUACGAUAUCGGCUAAACGUCCCGUUGUAGUGCUAGAACAUACAAUAAUCGAGAAAUCAGGGAAUAAAUCGUACCACCGCGUCUGCAGCCACAGAACAUCGAAGAUGAUCCGAUUCAUCCUGAUCCAGAACCGUGCCGGAAAGACUCGGCUGGCCAAAUGGUACAUGAACUUCGACGACGACGAAAAACAGAAACUGAUCGAAGAAGUACAUGCCGUGGUGACGGUCCGCGACGCCAAGCACACAAACUUUGUCGAGUUCCGGAACUUCAAGAUUGUGUACCGAAGGUACGCUGGGCUGUAUUUCUGCAUCUGCGUGGACGUAAACGACAACAACUUGUGCUAUCUGGAGGCGAUACACAACUUCGUCGAGGUGCUAAACGAGUACUUCCACAACGUUUGCGAGCUGGAUCUGGUGUUCAACUUCUACAAGGUCUACACGGUGGUGGACGAAAUGUUCCUGGCGGGCGAAAUCCGGGAGACGUCCCAAACGAAGGUGCUGAAACAGCUGCUGACGCUUAACUCGCUCGAGUAGGAUGCUGGUUUCCGAUGCCGGGGCGGCGGUAGGGAAUUUUCGUUUUCCUCUGUUGGCUGGAAAGCAGUCUAGUGCUUUUUCAUAUUUUAUCGAUACUCUAGUAAUCCUCUUAUUAUGCAAUAUUACCUAUAUUUCGGAUCGGAGCUACCCGACUGGAACUGGAUAUCGGAAAUAUCCACUAUAUUUCUAAGAGACAACCUCGACAUUUGCUCCUAGCAAAUGAAUCUCAUCACAAUCGUGUUUUGCAACAGCACCAGCAGGAUUCUGAGCUUCGAAACUAUCGUUAUGUUACAAACAAGGUUGACAAAGCUGUCUUAAUUUUAUACUCUUAUAGGUUCAGCGCACCGCUACUCUUCGAGGCGCACUCGGUACGUACGUAGAUCCAUGGGUCCAAAGAACAUGUUAUUUUUUCUGUUUUCCCGCGUUUUGCCUUCUAAUUUCAUGCGUAACUCACUGCAUUCCUUGUUAGACGAAUAAAAUUAGGAUAUGUAUAAUUAUUCAAAAGGAUUAAGCUAUGAUAAGAAGUAUAGCACUAAUUUUCUUCGGAUGCUUGGUUUGCCAUAAAGUCGCGUUCGUUCAAAAUUUAAAAUCUACCCGAUUGAGGGCAAGCAAACAUAUUGUUGGUAUUAUUAAAUAGGAAUAUUAAUCGACUAUUGAUAACAUGAAAUAAACAAAAUUCACUCACAAACAAAAAGUUGUACAUCCACGGCUUAAACUAUGGAAGGGUCGCAAAAAUGUUGGAUAAUGAUCCCAUCAGAAUCGCUGAAUUAAGAAUAAGAUUGAAUUAGCGGAAUACUAGAUACUUUAUUCUAGAUUUCCUUCGUAUGCAAUUUGCUUUAUAGCGCUUAUGGCGCUGUUCAGCAUUAAUCGAUAUCCGUAUCGUAUUUUAUGUUGAUAUUACGACUAUGCGCAAGACUUUUGAUGAAGUGUUAAUAUUAUUCUUCUUUUUUGCGAUCCUGCCACAAUUUGCGACACAGAAACAGACAGGAAGAAAGCUUUCGCCCUAUGUGUGUCAUCCAAAAAGUUAAAAAAAAAGCUAACGUUAAUUGUAUUCGAGAAGCAAACAUAAGCAGUUGAAUGCGGUUGUAAAGAACGAAGAAAUACGGAUAAUUAAAACCAUCAUCUUGAUCGUGACGUUAUAAUUAAUAUUAUUAUUCGUAAUCGUGUAUCUUAUUACUGUGUAAAGAUUUAUUAGUGAAUAAUAAAAUAUAUGCAAUAAGAUAA